UUGAUCCGGACACUUUCAGGGUCAACCUCCAGUAGUAGAGAUGUGAUCCGGUCCGUCUGCCUUCUCUCUGUCUCCUCUCCACCGGACCCACCAAUUCCACCCUCUUUAUGUGCUCGCCAGGUCCUUAUAGCCACUGACGUUCACAGACCUGGCAAGGAUUUUGCCUCUCAUCAUAUCUUGGUCCAUCUUUCUUUUGGUUCACCGAAUUCAAACGACCGAUUAACAAGGUGGUCAAGAGAGAAGCCGUCCAGUAAGUAUGGCGGAGAAACCCGGCAUGCCAACGGGAGGCGGAGAUGAUGCUGGAAGCAUCAUGGCCUUGUUGGAGCGUGUGGCGGGCCUCAUGGACAACGUCCAGGCCACACAGCAGCGCAUGGAGGAGCGUCAGCUGGAGCUGGAGAACACAGUGAAAACCAUCCAGGCUGACGUGGUCAAGCUCACCAACGAUCACGCAAACACCAGCUCCACAGUCAGCCGGCUGUUGGAGAAGACUCGCAAGGUCAGCUGCCACAUCAAGGAUGUCAGGGUACGCGUGGAGAACCAGAACCUCAGGGUGAAAAAGGUGGAGGCCACGCAGGGAGACCUGCUCGCCAAGAACAAGUUCAGGGUGGUCAUUUACCAGGGUGACCAGGAAGUUAAAGCUGUAACACCAGGUAACGAGCCAGCAGAGUCCAGCGGUGGUGCUGCAGCAAGACCCAAGGUGGAACCGGACAAGUUCGAGCUCCCUCCAGAGUCAGACGAAGAGUACAUGGUUGUGGAGGAGGCAGACUCCGCAGGGGCUGGCCGCGUGAAGAAGACAGGAUUGACGCGCAUCGAGAGCUUCAAAGCCACCUUCUCCAAGGAGAACAUGAGCAAGACCCGUGAGAACCUGGGCACCAAGGUCAACAAACUUGGUGAGCGAAUAGUAACGGCCGAAAGGCGCGAGAAGAUCCGCCAAUCUGGCGAGAAGCUGAAGGAGACCUUCACCAAGACCGUCCCAGCUAAGCUGAACCUGAAGAAGGAGAGGACUGUGGCGGAAGGUCAGGAAGGAGCGGAGGGAGCUGCAGAGGCAGCUGGUCCAGUUCCUCCUCCUAAAGGCCGUAAGAGCAGCCCAGGUGCAGCCAGGCCGGCUGAAGAUGAGGGCAAGGCAGCCGGGUCAGAGGUGCCGAUGUAUGACAUGAAGCAGCUGUCAUAAAUCAGGACAUCUGACCAGUUUUCUUUGGACUCGAGAGACCACAGAAAGAAAGGAAGAAAAAGAGAAAGAAAAAAGUGUUACCUGCUUUUGAGCAGAGAUGGAUGGAUGAAGAUUUAUAUCUGUAGAAGACUGUGGAGGGAAGUGAGCAACAAGCAGUGAGAUUCACCUUAACUGAACAUAAAGACAAUAACCGACACCUGAGUUCAUUGGAAUUUUUGAUGCUGUGUUUUCAGAACAUUGCCCAUCAAAUCCACUUAAUUUGGUCCAUUUUGUUUUGUGUUUAUUAAACAAAUGAAGUUCUGUAUGAUGGAAAUGUUUUAAGACUAUCACAAGUUUUUUCUGCCACACUGCCACCGCUCACUUGUUUGCAUGUUGAUGAAGGCUGAAAUGUUGGAAGAUAAAGACGAUACAGGGUUGUGGAACGUUUUGUUUUGUUUUGUAAUAUGAUGUAAAAGGGAAAACAAAAGUAAAUUUCUUUGUUUAAAUAAAAAAGUCAGGACAGCAUGGAUUCCUCUUGAAUAAGCUGUCAUUGGUUUUCAGAACUGAUAACAAAGAUAAGAAGAAUUAAGAAACUCAGAAGUGCAGCAAAGAAAUGGGAAAACACCCAUUACCUACUCUGUACCAUUUCUUUUGGCUCGAAUCUCAAACAGAGGACUUAGAAAUCACUCCAGCUUGUGGAUUUUUAUCAAGUCUGUGAUGUUUCCUUUAAACCUCCAACAACCUGUAUUACAAAGUAAAAACAAUUCAUGCAUUUUUUAAUUAUCACUGACAUGCAGAAAUGUAUUUCUUGUUUAAGUUUUUUUCAUCCUGCUUUUGAUCAUGAUCCAAUUUUUCUUUAAGCAAUAUACCAGGUAGAUUUAGGAUUAAAAGCAAUUAUGUUAUGCUAUUAGUAUGUUGAACACUUAUACAUGCAAAUUUGUGUGACUUCGUGUGCACAGCAGUGUUGUAAUACAGAUGUUUAGUACAGACAUUUAAUGUGAAGCACCAUAACCAACUUUACCAUGUUGUAUGAUGGAAAAAAUACAUAUGUGCACAACUAAAUAUGCACAUAUAAUUGAAAUAAAAUUUUAAUAUAUUGUGAAA